GUUCCCAAGAACACAAGGCAAACAGAUAAGAUUCCGAGUAAUAACCUUAAAAACAUUCCAGCUAGCCUGCUGGACUCCAGGGGAGAGCGAUGAAUCAGCGGGAUGGGGCAACCACCAACCGGCGGGCGGCAAAAAAAAAGGUAAACCGGCGAGGAGUCAUCGCUGGUUUAACCCUUCCUUCCCUCCACGCGCCUCCCCCACCAAUUAGUCCAAGGGGAUUCUGAUCUUCCUCUCAAUUCUUUUACUCCUUCCUCUAUCUCUCCCCUGGUCCUCCUCAAUUAACCCAUCCGCCAUGGCCACGCCCUUCCUUAUCUCCUACCCCUCCAACCCCACCUCCGGCCUCACCCUCAAGCAGAUUGCCUACUUCGGGCGAGUGCUGGUCAAGGUAUCAUCCCUCGCCGAAGCCGAGCAGUUCCUACGACAGAACUUCCGCCAACUCGAUGUCUUUGUCGACGCGACUGCCAUCUCCUCCGCUGGCGACCUCGUUGAUGUGCUCAAUGCCGGUGCUGCUAAGAUUCUCAUCACCAUCGACCAAUUGACCGCACUCUCCCAGGAACAGUCCGUUCCCUCCUCUCGACUGCUUGUCUCCGCUCCCUCCGAUGCUCAGAUCGAUACUCUCCAGCAAUGGAUUGCCGCAGAUGUCACUGAGCGCAACGAUGCCAGUGUCUGUGUCACCCCCGCCGCCGUCUCUGCCGCGGCCACCAAAUUGAACAUCAGCUCAGACUCGCCCCGCCUGUUCACGACGUUUGGAAACGAGGCAGUGUCCGAGGACGCCGUCAACCAGGUUACACAAAAGGGUGCCAUCGCCAUUCUGCCUUCCCAGGCCUUGACUGUGGAGCGGGAUGCUGCCGGCCAGAUCUCCGCUGCGAAGCUUAUUGCCUCGCGCGCUGUUACCGACCAGGCAAACGGCUUGUAUGCUACAUCCGUCACUGAUGAGCGUGGCUCCUGCCUUGGAGUUGUCUGGAGCAGCGACGAGAGUAUCGCUGAGGCUCUCCGCACCGGUACCGGAGUAUACCAGAGCCGCAAGCGUGGCCUGUGGUACAAGGGCCAGUCAAGCGGUGAUGUGCAGGAAUUGAUCCGCAUCGGCUUCGACUGUGAUGCGGACUGCUUGGUCUUUGUGGUCAAGCAGAUUGGACGAGGCUUCUGCCACCUCGGCACGGAGACCUGCUUCGGUGCUUCUGCUGGUCUCUCCCGUCUCCAAAAGACCCUCCUUGCCCGCAAGGCCGAUGCCCCCGCCGGAUCCUAUACCGCUCGUCUCUUCAAUGAGCCGAAGCUCGCCGAGGCUAAGAUUAUGGAGGAGGCUGAGGAGCUCUGCCGUGCCACCACCAAGGAGGAGAUCGCCUUCGAGGCUGCCGAUUUGCUGUACUUUGCAUUGACCAAGUGCAUUGCUGCUGGUGUCACCUUGGAAGACAUUGAGCGUAACCUUGACCUCAAGAGUCUCAAGGUGAAGCGGAGAAAGGGCGAUGCCAAGGGUCCUUGGGCGGAGAAGGCUGGCCUGGUCCCCGCUGCGAAGCCAACUGCUACCCCAGCUCCUGCCCCUGUCGCCGCUCCCGCCCCUGUUGAAGACCGCUCGCGCAUUGAGAUGAAGCGAGUGGUUACUUCCUCCACCCCUGUCACCGAGGUCAAGGAGUUCCUCAAGCGUCCCUCCCAGAAGUCCAACGACGCUAUCGUUGCUAUGGUCAAGCCCAUUAUCCAAGACGUUCGCGAGGGUGGCGACGCUGCUGUCCUCAAGUACACCCACAAGUUUGAGAAGGCUACUUCUCUGACCUCACCCGUUAUCAAGGCUCCCUUCCCCGCCGAGCUGAUGAAAUUGACUCCCGAUGUUCAGGAGGCCCUCGAUAUCAGCAUUGGCAACAUCCAGCGCUUCCACGCUGCGCAGAAGGGUAGCAACGACACCCUCAAGAUGGAGACUAUGCCCGGUGUUGUUUGCUCGCGCUUCUCUCGUGCCAUCGAGCGCGUUGGUCUUUACAUUCCCGGCGGUACCGCCGUGUUGCCCUCUACCGCCAUGAUGCUGGGUGUCCCCGCUAUGGUCGCUGGUUGCCAGAAGAUCGUUCUGGCUUCUCCUCCCCGCUCCGAUGGCAGCAUUUCUCCCGAGAUUGUCUACGUCGCGCACAAGGUCGGCGCCGAGAGCAUUGUCCUGGCUGGUGGUGCUCAGGCCGUGGCCGCCAUGGCCUACGGUACUGAAUCUAUCACCAAGGUAGACAAGAUUCUUGGCCCUGGUAACCAGUUCGUGACUGCGGCCAAGAUGUUUGUGUCUAACGACACCUCCGCCGGUGUUAGCAUUGAUAUGCCCGCUGGUCCCAGUGAGGUUCUCGUCAUUGCCGACAAGACCGCCAACCCGGCCUUCGUUGCCUCUGACCUGCUGAGCCAGGCUGAGCACGGUGUCGACUCCCAGGUGAUCCUGAUCGCCGUCGACUUGAACGAGGAGCAGCUGCGUGCUAUCGAGGACGAGGUCGAUGCUCAGGCAAAGGCCCUUCCCCGCAUGGACAUUGUCCGUGGCUCGCUGGAGCACUCUGUUACUUUCGUGGUCCGUGACAUCAACGAGGCCAUGAUCCUCAGCAACGAGUAUGCCCCGGAGCACUUGAUCCUGCAGGUGGAGGGUCCCGAGGCAGUUGUCGACCAAGUUCAGAACGCCGGUAGUGUGUUCAUUGGUCCCUGGACCCCCGAGAGUGUCGGUGACUACUCUGCCGGUGUUAACCACUCUCUCCCGACCUACGGCUACGCCAAGCAGUACUCUGGUGUUAACCUUGGCUCCUACCUGAAGCACAUUACCAGCUCUAACCUGACCGCCGACGGUCUUCUGGGUCUGGCCAAGACGGUCGAGACUCUGGCUGCUGUCGAGGGCUUGGACGCUCACAAGCGGGCCAUCAGCAUCCGUGUUGCACAGAUGCAGAAGGACCGCUCGUAGAUUAUCUGCGAUCGGUUUGCCAGAGCUUUUAUAUUCCGGGAUUUAUCAUUUUAGUGUCUUGUCAUGAAUGAAUGCGCGAUGAAUAUUAGAUAGCGGGGAAAGGACCCAAAAAGUUGCUGAUGGGGCUUCUAGCGAGCGAUAUACAAUUACAUUAUUGUUUGCAUUGAUUUUGGCUUCUCUGAGCCAUUUUGAUACUUCUGGAAGAACAGAUCCCGUAUUCGAGCGGGCUCCAUCAGGCUAGUCCCUAGCAGUCGAUGGCGUCGAUGCUCAGUGAUGUCAGGUAUCCACAUAGUUCACAUCGCCGUGAGUUGAUUACACUCGGGCGAAAACAGAAGAGUAUAAUGCAUAUGGUAGUAAAUUCACAGCUGGGACUACCGAUAUUCCAGCGAGGUAUCUAAGGUAUCAAACAAAGAGAUGCAAUCACCAACGUCUGCAGCUAUCCCUGCAGCCCCGACCUCGGAGGCCCGAGAUCGGACUCAUCAUUUUUAGCACUGCCAACCAGUCCUUCACCUUCCCGUCAUCCAGAACCAGGAAAAAGUGCGAGACAGUCUACAACUGGGCAACGUCAUUCAAGAUCUGAACCUCCUGGCCAGGCUUAAAGGCUGGCAGACCGAGGUAUGGACAGCCGGCGCAGCGGAAAGCAUCACCCAGAGCACAGCUACCGCAUGAACCGGUCGUCUUGCCCUCCACGGUGAAAUCCAACUCGGUCAGAUCGUCCGACUGCAGCUUCAGCACGUUCAGAUUCUUAUCGGCGUUGGCCCUGCGCUCCUUAUCCUCGGCCUCGAGGCGAUCCGCGAGACCGCAUGUGCAAUCCUUGCAGGCGCGCCGCCUGCGACCAGUCUUGGGUUGACACUCUGGGGCUGUUUGAGAAGAACAACGUUAGCUCGUCGACUCUCCGGAGGAACAUAGACGUCGAACCACGCAGGAAUGAGAAUCACAUACGGGGCAUAAUGGGUCUCGUGAAAUCCUCCUCAUCGAGAAGCGAAUCCUCAUUAAUGAACUCCUCAUUAUCCUCCAAAUCAAUCUUAACCUGGUUACCAGCAUUCGUCGUAAACCCACUCAUUAUACCCGUCGGCGCCGCAGCAGUAGCAGCAGUAGUUUUCUUCUUCCUUCCGCCCAAUUUCAGUGGAAUAGCCGACGCCUGCUCGAAAUUGGGUUUCUCGAAUCCAGCCUCGUUCUGCACAAGUCCCGCCAUGAUAGCCUCCAUCGAGUCCGCAGCCGUGAGCGGCUUAUCUUGCGUGGCCAGCUUUGCGCCAGGCUUCAUGGAUGGCACGAGGGCGGUGUAUACGUCUCGGGUGAGGAGUUGAAGGGCCUCUGUCCGUCGGGAGCCAUCGGUGUCGGUUAGGACGAGAACGUUAGUGUAUGUGGUUGGGGGGAGGGAGACGAUGCCGGCAGAGAGGCGAUCAAGCAUUUGCAGGUCUGUGUUUUGGCGGUCGAAGGUUGUGAAGAGGGCGUGGAGUUUCUCCUCGUGGGCGGCGAUGGAGGGGGGAGCGAGGAGGAGAGUGCGCGGGGCAUCGACGGGCCUGGUUGGAGCGGACAUGUCGAAGUCGUCGCUGGUAUCAAUGGUCACGAAAGAGGGCGCCAUUGCGAGGAUUUGGUGACUUUCAGUGACUGAAGAGGUCAAAGGAGCGGAUAGGGUAGGAGCGGAGAGUAUGAAGGGAAAGAAAAGAGAGCCAAGUGAGGGGUGGCGAACAUUUCGCAGUCACCGAUAAAAGAUAAACUUAGUCAGCGUCCAUUAUAAAUCGCUUUUCC